CUGUGACUGAGUGAGUGGCAUCCGGUAUGUACCAGGUGGCUGCAUUCUUGGCAAUGGUCAUGGGAACCCACACCCUCCAGGGGCGGCUCCAGAGGGACUGUAGCCAUCAGCUCAGCUGCUGCCCCAGCAAAGGGCAGGACCUGCCUGAAGAGUGGCUGAAGUGGAGCACUAUGCUUGUCUCUCCCCCAGAGCCUGCCAGCCUCACCUCCCACCCAGGAUCCUGCAAGGCCAGCGAAGAUGGACCCCUCAACAGCAGGGCCAUCUCCCCUUGGAGAUACGAGUUGGACAGAGACUUGAACCGGCUCCCCCAGGACCUGUACCAUGCCCGCUGCCUGUGCCCCCACUGCGUCAGCCUCCGGACGGGCUCCCACAUGGAUCCCCUGGGCAACUCGGAGCUGCUGUAUCACAACCAGACUGUCUUCUACCGGAGGCCAUGCAAUGGCAAGCAACAGGCCCACAAUGGCUACUGCCUGGAGCGCAGGCUCUACCGGGUCUCCUUGGCUUGUGUGUGCGUGCGGCCCCGUGUGAUGGCCUAGUAGUGCCUGCCUGAGGCUGGUCCCCUACUGGGAAAAUUGGAGCCAAGUGUACAGCCAGUUGUUAAGAGGUGGGCCAGGACACUCAAGUAUUCUGCAAAGCACCACCUGGAACAGCUGGACCUUGGAACAGGAUGGAAGGCUUUGGAGAGAACAGAACUUUUACAAUUUUUGGAAGCACUUUAUAAAGGGAGCAGCUGCUGCUUAGGGCUGCUGGAAGCUGGUGUCUUGGCAUUUCCUCUUAGGAAAAGUCUUCAAAGCUCUGCCCAUUUCUUGAGGCCACCACUCAUAUCUUCUCCUCCCAUCCCCCACUGCCCUGGCGCAGCACAAGCAUUUUCUUGAUAUUUCCCCUUUGCCACUGGACAGCCCUUCAUUUUGUUCAUUUAUUCAUCAGACACUCAGUGAGCAUCUACUUUGGGCACAUUCUGGUGUGGUUAUUAGUCUUUUGAUAUGGAUAAUUCUAAGGAAGAAGCUGUUAUUGAACGUGGAG